AAGCACCGAAACCCACCAAUUCCUAUAGGGUCCCAAAAAAAAAAGAGAGAGAGAGAGAGAGAGAAUACAUGAUUGCCCUCCAAAAUCCAACAAAAAGAGAAUCCAUGUUUUAAUCUCACAAAGUUGAAUUUUCUCACCAUCCUCUUCUUCUUUUUCUUAAGCUUUCCGUGAACAAGACAGAGACCAGAGACCAGAGACCAUGGAGAUUGAAUCUGCCAAGUGUGAGUGUUGUGGCUUGAAAGAGGAUUGUACCCAAGAUUACAUCUCCCAGGUCAAGGCCAAAUUUGAUGGCAAAUGGCUCUGUGGCCUCUGUUCUGAAGCUGUGAGAGAUGAAGUUAAUAGAGCCAAAAAGCCCUUCUCUGCCAUGGAUGAAGCUGUCAAAGCUCACAUGUCCUUCUGUCGCAAUUUCAAAUCCAACCCCGCCGUUCAUGUCGCUGAUGGCAUGAAGCAGAUGCUCCGACGAAGAUCGGCCGACUUUGCUUCCACCUCCCCUUCCUCAUCCAACAAGUAUUCCAGGUCAACAAAUGCUUCCCAAGUUGGUGGUUCAUCCCCCUUCACAUUGUACUAAACAUAAAACCACCAAGAACCACCGAUACUUUCAGGAUCAAGUUGCAUAUUUAAGAAUUAUGUCUUGAUGUGUUGCUUAGUUAGUUGUGUUCAUGUCAAUAUCGGUGUUUCUUAGGGCCCGAUGGAGAGAAAGCAGAGAGAGGGAGGGAGAGGAUGUAGAAGAAGAAGAAGAAGACGGUGGAAACGGAGCACAUGGGACUUUGUUUUCUGUGUUUAAGAACUGGAAGUGGAAUAAGAACUGAUGGGUAGGCUUUUCUUUUUCUUUUGUACAGAGACCGAUAUUUCAAAUGAAGGGUUUUUUCUCUUCUGCUUUUUUUUUUUUUUUUUAAUUUUCUUUUCAAACUGUCUUUGAUCUGGCAUCUUCCUCUGUGUUUGAAAGAAAAAGAAAGAUUAUCCCAGAAA